AUGACCUCAACAAUUCCUCAAAAUUCCAAUCUCCUCUCUUUCUCGUGUUUACGGAUUUCGUUGUGUGGUUCCCACUAGCCAUCACUCACCGUCGCCGUCGCCGUCGCCGUCAUCGUCAUCGUCACAUCUCCCUUACUCGUAACGCCUUGCCUAAACUAUAUCCCUCUUCUCUCGUCCAUGGAAUCUUAUUUACAGUCGCUCAAUCCAUGUUCUUCUACCGCCACAGCACCAACCUAAUUUACGAUCCUCCAUUUCUGAAAUGUAAUCUAAUUUUGUCCCGACAGAUGGGUUUUCAUGUUUUUGUUUGUCUCCUUCAUCAUCCUAUGGAUUUCUACAGGGAAUGCCGUGUGAAUUGAAAGAGGCCGACAUGUUUGAGGUCAGGCUUAUACUCAAGGUGGGGUUUGACUUUGGAACCAAAGUUAAAAAUGAUGUCUACAGGAGGAAAGGAAUUUGGUGUUGAACGGGAAGAUUUGUGUUGCGUUGUGGCUUGAGAGGCAUUCAUAUUUCUGUAUCUGCUUGUUGGGUUUUGCUUUAACCGAUUGUUUUGCUGGUGGGAGAAACAGGAUUUGAGCAGCACUCCAAAAUCUCCAUCAUUUUGUUGGUCUCAAUGAUUCUUUAAUUUCAUGAAACAUCGAAUGUUUGUUCGUUAGAAUUGUUUGAUGGGUUGAAGAAAUCAAGCUUUUUGGGGCAUCAAAUUCAUGGUCAUCAUCAUACCCAUUUGUUCCCGAGAACCCAACUUGUUUUUAGUCCUCCUCCUGAGCAGGAGGGGGGAGAAAUGAAGAACGUGUGUGGUUUGAAGAUCUGUUAAGUUUCAUGAACUAUUUGCAGGAAGAUUAGAAGAAAAAAUGGAGAAGGAGGCUAAUUCUUGGCUUAGGAGAACCAAAUUCUCUCACACAGUUUAUCAUCGAUGGGACUCGUUAAGAUUGACCCCUGUUCCUUUCACCAUCGAACCACCUCGCAAUUCUGGCUUGAAAUCGAGGCCUCAAUCAACUUCAUCACCCCAGAAACCAAAUCCUGAUAUUUCGAAGAUUCAACCAAGUUUCAUAUCCAACAAGAAGAGGUAUCUGUCUCCUCUUCCCACCAGCAACCUCUCUGACGUUUUCAGGGAAGCAAAAUCCGAGAGUAAGAGAUUCUCAACUCCAACUCCUCGACUUAGAGAACAAACGAAGGAAUUCAAGAACAUGGACCCUCAAGUUUCUAAAUCUGCCAAUUUCAAGCCAUCUUUGAAUACCAGUCCACUGAAACACCUAGCUACGGCAAAACGAGGUGAUAAGUCAAAGCCCCGGAAGGACUCAUCCUGGACCAAAUAUUUCGAGUCCGGUGGUGGAAGAGUCACCGCAGUUGAAACGGUCGAUGACUGGAGUGUUGAUCUCUCCGAGUUGUUUCUCGGGUUAAGGUUUGCCCAUGGAGCUCACAGUCGUCUUUAUCAUGGAAAAUACAAGGACAAACCUGUUGCUGUUAAAAUUAUUCGACAGCCCGAGGACGACGAAAAUGGAGUUCUUGCUUCGAGAUUGGAGAAGCAAUUCACCCGAGAAGUUUCCCUUUUAUCUCGUCUCAAUCAUCCGAACGUUUUAAAGUUUGUAGCUGCCUGUAGGAAGCCACCAGUUCACUGUGUCAUUACCGAAUAUUUGUCUCAAGGAUCAUUAAGAGCAUACUUGCACAAACUGGAGCACCAAUCUCUUCCUAUGCGAAAACUAAUUGCAAUGGCUUUAGAUGUGGCUCGUGGCAUGGAAUAUAUUCACUCACAAGGCGUGAUUCAUCGGGAUCUUAAACCCGAAAAUGUUCUUAUUGACGAGGACUUCCACCUGAAAAUUGCAGAUUUUGGUAUAGCUUGUCCUGAUGCCUUUCUCGACCCAUUGGCUGACGAUCCUGGUACUUAUCGAUGGAUGGCACCGGAGAUGAUUAAACAUAAACCCUAUGGUCGAAAGGUCGAUGUGUACAGCUUCGGGCUUAUGUUGUGGGAAAUGGUGGCUGGUGCAAUUCCUUACCAGGAUAUGACUCCCAUUCAAGCAGCCUUUGCUGUUGUGAACAAGAAUCUUAGGCCUGUUAUCUCAAGUGAUUGUCCGUUGGCUAUGCGAGCACUGAUCGAGCAAUGUUGGUCUGUAAAUCCAGGGAAGAGACCCGAUUUCUGGCAGGUUGUGAAGGUAUUAGAGAAAUUCGAGUACUCGCUUGCCCAUGAUGGGACACUGAAUUUAGUAGGAAAUCCUCUCUCUAGUUUUCAUCUAGACCAUAAGAAAGGAGGGCCACUCCAUUGGAUUCAAAAGCUUGGCCCCCUACAUCUUGAACCCUCACCCCGCCCCAAACCCAAAUUCUCAUAACCCUUCGAUCCGUCUUUGUAAGUGCAGGCUAUGAGAUCGCUCACUCAAUCCCGAGGAAAGAACUCCCUCGCUGUUGUCAUCUGCUUAGUAUUUGGCCAAGUCUUUGCUUUUGUAAUUAAACAAGAAGUUGUUGGCUUCCCAUUUUUUUGGCACAAGGCUUACAAUGAAUAUGUGUAUCUAGCAUAAUAUUCAUGUUGUCGAGCCCUGGUUCGAUUCGAUUCUAGCUAUGACAAACUGGCCAGAUUCACUGU